AUGAAACUCUCACUCCUCCUCCUCAGCGCAGUCUACACUGCAACCGCCACCGCAACUACAACUACAACAACUGUAAAAGCAGCAACACACGUAAUCUACUCCUACCCCGGCCCCUCCCCUCCCGCAAGCCUCCUCACCCUCAUCUCCUCGGGCAAAGUAGGCGGCCUCAUCCUCUUCGGCGAGAACAUCGACGCCAACCUCCCCACCACGAUCGCCAACAUCCAAAAAACCUAUGCCUCGUCCCCAGACUACAAUGGAACGCCCCUGCUCAUCAUGACCGACCAAGAAGGCGGCAAAGUCCGGCGUCUUCCUGGUGGUCCGACACUCUCUGCGAAGCAGGUCGGUCUGUCGGCGGAGCCCGCAUCUACAGCUGCAGACACUGGAACUGAGGCUGCGACUACACUGGCUAAAUACGGCGUGAAUGCGAAUCUGGCGCCUGUGCUGGGCGUCUAUCGCUCAUCUGGGAACUUUCUAGACGAGUACGGCCGGUCGUAUGGGAAUACUUCCGAGCUGGUAGCUUCUUGUGUGGAGGCGUUCAUCGCCGCGCAGCAAGGACAGAAAGUGAUUGCUACGGCGAAGCAUUUUCCUGGUCUUGGGGCUGCAGGCGCAGAUGCGAAUACGGAUCUCAUGCCCGUGAGGAUUGACCUUGGGCUUAGAGAAUUGCGGCGGGUGGAUGAAGCGCCGUAUAGCGCUGCGAUUGCGGCGGGCGUGGAUAUGGUCAUGGCGUCUUGGGCUGUGUAUCCUGCAUUGGAUGAGAAGCCGGCUGGGUUGAGUGAGAAAUGGAUUCAGGGAGAGCUGAGACGAAGGCUUGGAUUUAAGGGCGUGACCAUCACGGAUGCGAUUGAGGCUGGGGCGCUGGGAGCGUACGGCGAUGAUGCGGCAAGGGGGUUGCUUGCUGCGCAGGCCGGGAUGGAUCUGAUUCUUGCGUCGGCGAGGAAUGUCACGCAGGGCGAGGCGAUCGUGGAUGCAUUGACCAAGGCGUUGGACAACGGGGAGGUGGAUACGGAGGAGUUUGAUGCCGGGACAGCGCGAAUCAUGGCAUUGAGACGGACUUUACAUGCAUAG